AUGGCUAAACUUCGUACCACUAUAAGUCUAUCGCCAGAAGGUAUCCAAGUCAUCAUCGGUGGUUCUACUGGUUCAUCUAAUGUUAACGCUCUAGAUCUUCUAGAUGGUCGCUUGUCUGUCAAGGAGAUGGAUUGGGCUAGGAAGGUUAUGGUUAUGCAGGUCAGUCACUACUCUAAGGUUGUGCCAAGUCUACGUGAUCUAUCGGUCAAGUCUUCGCUAACUAUCGAGUCCCUUGCUAGAGCCAACUCUCUAAGUGGUCCGAUUGGUCUUUAUCAAGAUCUCUAUCACGAUGCUAAGAUUUAUCCUACUAAUGAUAUGUCUAUUGGUAUGGAUGACACUCUACUCGUUGACGAAUCGGAUAGAGAGUCUACAAGCCGUGAUCAACUACCCCCUUGGGACGCUAUAUCUAGGUCAUGGGUCUACGACUCUAAUGCUCCAUUAGGUAGAGCCCAUACUAAGGUCCCCUGGAGGGAUGAUUCCCGUCCAGAGUAUAAUUUCUACUAUGCUGCUAAACGUGGUCUAGCUUCUAUAGCUAAACUCGACAAGGAGCGUCAUUCUAUGUUUGAAGUUGCUUUAUCUCAGCUUAUUGACAAGGGUUUCUGCUCUAUUGUUUGUGAUCUACGUCAGGGUAUCAAGAAGCCUACCAAGUCUAUGUGCUCUAAAGCAUGGUCUAAGUUAACUAGUGGUACUAUCUACGAAGGGUGUAAUGUUCCUUUACCGGAGCACUAUACGCCUUCACAUCUAGUCUUCAGACCGUCGCAUCCGAGUACUCCGUGUCGUAUAGUUUUCGAUUUCCGAUCUCUAAAUCGACACUCUUUACGUGGUGGUUAUCCUCAAAACCACCUAGUUGGUAGUCUAUUGGCGAUACGUUCUAAUCGGUACUUCGUCGCGGGCGACCUCUCUAAAGCAUUCUGUAGAAUGCAGAGCGAUUCUAAUGACGUUCCUUAUGUUGGCUACACUUGUAUUGGGUCAUAUGUCGUAUUAUGGUCUAGAGUCGCAUUCGGUUCUAGUGCUGCUCCGUGCCAACUAGAUGCGUCUAUGGAAGAUAUUACUCUAGAGAUUAAUGCCCUGUCGAAGCUUGCUGCGAAGUUUCCGGCGUCUACCGUGACUAUCGCUGACCUGUGUCGAGAAGAGGUAGAAGCUUGUCUUCUACGUCCUUCUGACACUGCGUAUGACUACCUACUUAGAGCUCCUCCUAUAUCUAAGAAGGUUACUCUUAUCAAGUUUGUUGAUGAUAUCUAUGCCGGCGGUUCUACCCAAAUUGAGGCUCGUCGGAACUAUGAUCUAGUGUCAUAUAUGUGCAACGGUCACGAUUUUCCGGUGGAAGUUCUAAAGAGUUAUGACAAUUGGUCUACUCCGAAUGAUGGUCUAGCUCUAAUGAAACGUCAACAUCUACUGGGUUAUGACUGUUGCACCAAGGACGAUGUCUUCUAUUGCUCCUUUAGCGGCUCUAUUCCUGGUAAUGACUUAAUUACCAAACGACAGUCGUGUGGCAUUCUCGCCAGUUUCUAUGAUCCUCUUGGUUUGCUCGUCGAGCAUGACAUGCAGGGGAGAUCUAUAUGGAGAGAUAUUAAUAAAUCUACUCCAACGGAUUGGGAAGCUGCUAUUCCUCUAUCUAUGACUAAGGCUGUCGUCGAGUGGGCAACACUCUCUAAAACUCUGGCUGAAUCUAAGGCUCUAACUCGUCAUGUACGUCUAGAUCAACCGCUGCUUCUAAGUACUGAUGCAUCCAACAACGCUUGGGGGGCAGACUUACGUUCUCUCGGUGAUCUAUCUGUACGUAUUGCUGGUCGAGGCGGUCUAUUCAAUGCCAGUAACCUUGCUUGGAGUAUUCCGAGGAAAGAACUAGAUGCACUCCAUCGAGGUCUAUUGUGGGUGAAAUCUCUAUCACCCUACUUGCCUAUUGUCACGCAUUAUGGUGAACUUCAAGCACCUCUGAAUGUGCUCUACCCUCAACCUCAAGAUCAUGUUCUAACUGUCGCUGUUGACUCUGAGGUAACGGUCUAUCGGUUGAGGAAGCCUUCUAAUGAUGAUAAGUUACCGGCGCCGGAACGACGCCGUUUGGCUGCCAUUCGUCAAUUAUGCUCUGAUCUACGAGCGUGCGUCAAACACGUGCCGUCUAGUUGUAAUGCCUCUGACUCUAUCUCUAGGUGUACUCUAUCUAAGAAGUUUGAUGUUACUCUAUUAUCAUCAUCCCUAGAAGACGGAUCUGUUAUGUAUGAUCCCUCUAUGACUUACGCGACCUCUACUAAGGACGCGGGGUACCCUCAUGGUUCUCCUAGCGCGACCUCUACUGAGGACGCGGGGUACGCCCAAACCCCUUAUGACGCGACCUCUACUGAGGACGCGGGGUACGCUCUGGUGGCCUCUGCUCUAGACGACGACUUCUGCUAUCUCGAGUCUAUCACUAUUGAUGAUCUUCCGGUCUCACCACCUGAUGCAUCUACAUCUGCUCAUGCUAAGGUUAUGUUGGUUAACUGUGAUGGCCUUGAUCUACCUAAUAUAUCUGGUCUAGAUCUAUCUGAUGUCGAGAAGGAAGAACUAAGACUUCUUCUCGAGUUCGUUGAUACUACUAGAGGUAUGUCUAAUGCUCCUGAGUCCACCUUGGAUAAUAUUGAGUUCAAGCAACGUCUAACUGUUUGUGCUCGUCGGUGCCAAUCUAAUGACGCCGAUCUUUCUAAGUUCCGAGACUAUCUAGAAGGCAAGGUUUCUCGUGGAUCUAUUGGUCUUCGACAGACGGUCUUUCAACGUAUGUCUAAGCACUGUUCGCUAGACAAUGAUGGUCUCAUUCGUCAACGGCGCUGGUAUAGUUCUAAUAAUAAUACUGAUCCUGAAGACGGUGGCACUAUUUAUCUUGGUAACUCUAGCUAUGCAUACCAAGUGCUAUGUAUCCUUUGCGGUAUCUAUCAUUAUCUCUAUGGCCACCCAGGGAAGCGUCGUCUACGAUCUAUUCUACAGAGGAAGUUUACUGCUAGAGGUAUAUGUGUUGCUGUGCGCAAGACCACAUCUAGUUGUAGUUUGUGUCUCCGUGCCAGAUCUACUAAGUCUAUCAAGUAUCUAAACUCUGACGUUCAAGACAUGGUUACAACACAACUAUGGCAGUUGGUGGGCGUUGAUAUUGAUGGUCCUUAUGGUAAGCCACCCCAACAACGAUAUCUACGACAAAACUCUACUUCUUCUCAAGCCUCUAAUAGUUCGAUUGGUGAUGGUAAGCUCGAUCCCUCUAAGGACUAUUAUCUACUAGUGUGUCAAGACGCUGUUAGUGGUUUCAUUGUCGCUAGAGCUAUGCGCAACACUAAGUCCACUACUGUUGCUAAUACACUACAUUCAGUCUUCUGUGAGCACGGCAGUCCAUCUGUAGUUAUUAGUGAUCGAGAUGUCUUUUCUAUCUUGACUAGGUCGGUACGCUCUGUUCUAAACAAACACGGUAUUAGACAGUAUACUCUACCCGGCUAUAGUCAACAUCUCUCCUUCUGGGAAAGAUCUCAUCGAGAUCUAGUUCAAACAUCUAGAGCUAUAUUGGCGUCAAGUGCUACACCUGAAGACUACAUCUUCAGUUAUCUUCUAGCCGUUCGUUGCUAUAAUAGCACCCCUAGGCACUGGUCUACGCUGAGUCCAUGCGCCCUACAUUAUGGUUACGGGCAACGUCUACCCGGUGACCCUCCGUCUGACUUCCCCUCUAUCGAUUGGGACAAGCUCGAGGUCAAAUAUCUGAGCGUUGACUACCUGCCCUAUGUUCGAUCCUUGUUGCCGGUUCUAUCAGACCAACAAGAAAAGAUGAAGGUCACAGUUCAAGAGUACGUCGAUGCUUGGAAGCUAAAACAAGCCGCUCUUCGCGAGCGUUCUAUUAAAGAUACUCCUCAAGAUUAUCAACUGGCACUCUACGAUCUUGUCUAUAUCAGCGAGUGUGCCGAUCAUUCUCUUGGUGGUCAUCUAUCCCUCAAAUGGCGAGGGCCUCUAACGAUUGCUAAGCUAUGCGGUACAUCUAUGGUUUAUCUCUUUGACGGUAUUGUACUACCAUCUGACUAUGGCGGUAAUCUAAAGGUCUCUGAUGAUAAGACUACUCUAGAAGGUGGCCCUGGGGUCUCUUCUCUCAUCUACGCCUCCGUCAAGAACCUGGUACCCGCACGUGCUCUACAAUCUCUAAUCUAUGAUCACUACGAGAAAGGCCUAAGAGUUUAUCAGGACGAGGAAGGUAACUUCGAUACUUUCCCUGCUAGCGGUGAUGGUUCGGAUCAGUCUAAGAUUAUUCUGAGACGAGUCGGACAACGAUCUUCUAGUAACCAUCAACAUCGACAAGAAGACUCUACCAUUUUGCCUGGUUGUGAAGAUGUCCCUCUAGAUCCAUCUAAUCAGGUCACAUCAAGUCCCUCCUCAUCAAUUGACGGAGUACCUCUAUCUCCCCCACAUGAUGAUCUACUUGAUGCCACUGAAGACUAUGAAGUUGGUACCAAUCUACGUUCGUCUCCAUCAAGACUACCGGUAUCAUCAACACAUCCGUCUUCAACCGUUGAGACCAUUACCCCGGCUAGACAGGAGACAUCAGCUUCAACUAGACGUGUGGAUAAUGUUCUAGUGUUUGGUAAACCUAUUCCAUCAUCUAUCACACCUCACAAGGGUUGGUUGGUUAUCUCAAAUGAUACAUCGAUUUAUCGUGGAUUGGCUUCUAUUGAAUGCUAUACUGUCAACUCGGAUUCUUUAUGUCUAAGCCCUGUUACUCUCGUGACAGAUAUAUCUGGUGCGUUGUCCACUUCCAAUGAGGUUCUCUACGAGGUGUCUCGCACUAAGGUGAUUUAUAUAACGUCCUCUACCAGACCUCUAACACGCUCUCUUCUAGAACGUACUAGGAAUCUGCUAGAUCGGCUACAACUCUAA